AUGAAGUUAAGAUCGGGAAAACGCAAGCGAUCUCCAAUCCCGUCGAAACUACCAGCUGGGAAGCGAUCGACUGGCAACUCCAGUGACAGCGACGUGGACAUUUUGCGAGCACCCCGCCGAAAGCUGAGACGGGGAGCCGCCAGCAGACAGCCCGUUGUUGUGGAGGAUGACUCAGAAGUCUCAGAAGAACCUGUUCGUUCUUCACCUGCCAAAAGACAGAAGAGGAACAUCGAAGCGGACAUCCCCCAAACCCCGCGGCGGUACACGGAGCAAGAGCAAUUGGAUCUCGAAGAGGAUCUAGAAGACUUGCAGGAUUCAGUUGUCAAGGAGUCGCGUACCCGCGGUCGUCUUGCUCACUCUGCGAGAGCUCAACGUCAAUUACAUCUUGAAGCACUACGGCGCCGAAGAGCUGGUGGAAGGGAAGUGGAGGAGGCGGAAGCAGAAGCAGAAUUGGACUCCGACUCCGAUUCGGAAUCAUCGAAUGAUGGUAAUUCCGAAGAUGAGUCCGAAAUUGAAGCCAAAAACGAGAUCCAGCCGCCAGUGUUCCGUCGAGUUGACAGCGACGUCGACUCCUCUAUUGCAGACAAUGAAGACCUUGAUCGAUAUGAGGAUGAUUUUGUGCUAGAGGAUGACGACGGCGAGCUAGGAGUUCCAUCUUCGAUGGUAGACAUGCCUUUUGAGUUCACCCGACACGCUUACAAACAAUUGAAAGAGUACUUCCAGGAUGCGGUCGAAUGGAUGGUGAACAACCAACUGAAUCCCGCUUUUCCUCGCUCUGACCCUUUGUAUGAGGUUGCCUUCAGCAAGCUCGAGGAUGAGGUAAAAGGGCGCACGGGAUCCCAACUGCUAUCCACUGUUUGGAGCGUCGAGUUCCGUCGAGCACUUUUGGCAAGACCUCAAAUUGAAAUCACAUCAUAUCCUAUCAUGGACGAUCAUCCGUGUGACGCCUGCAAUCGAUCUGGUCAUCCUGCCUCGUCCGAUAUAAAACUCUACGGGAAACCAUAUUCUCUGACGACUCUUGAGCCGUUGUCCGAGGAGGAAAGUGAUGAGGGAGAGGAAGACGGCGUCGAAAGGGACAGGGAUGGCUACAGCUUACCCGACCAGGAGAGGCGGUUCUACCUCGGAAGACAUUGCAAGAACAAAGCUUCACUAGCGCACACUCUCACGCAUUGGCGAUUCCACCUCAAUGAAUGGGUAGUCGACUAUCUCAGACGCAUGGGGCACUUGGAGGAUGACAAAGUCCUCAAGCGCAGUCACUGGAGCCAGAAACGAAAGUCCCGACAUGCCUCGGAGGUGAUGGGCUCGAUGGUCGACAGCGGUGAGGUCAAGAAACUCUGGCGUGAUUUCCACAUCACUCUGAGAUCGGCGAGAGAGUCGACGACAAUCGGCUGA